GUUUUCAGAGCGAAAGGAACGUAAGGCUCGAAUACCAUGUCAGGGAUUAUUAAGAUGCCUAAAAAUCGCCGCUUUGAAGCUGAAGACUCAGCACUAGGCGAGCGUCAUAUGCAAAUAUUUCUGCUCUUCUGUGGUCUCAUGGUUGGCUUUGCCAUGCGUGUCAAUCUCUCCGUGGCGAUUGUGGCCAUGACCGAGCUGCCUGAUUAUCAUUGGAGCGAGCGCACAAAGUCUCUGGUCUUGAGCAGCUUCUUUUGGGGCUAUGUGCUGACCCAGGUGCCAGCUGGCGUCUUGGCCCGCAAAUUCGGGGCCAAGGCAACGAUUGUGACGGGCUUGUCCAUCUGCUCCGUGCUGAAUGUGUUCACGCCCAUCUGUGCGAGGCUGGGCGGUUGGCAGCUGCUCUGCGGCGUACGUCUGCUCGAGGGCGUCUGUCAGGGGGUGCUAUAUCCGUCUUACCAUACGCUGAUCUCGGCCUGGGUGCAGCCCAGUGAGCGCGCCUCGCUGGGCACCUAUGCCUACAUGGGCGCGCAAUUCGGAACCAUUGUCAUGUUGGCCACCAGCGGCAUAUUGGCCUCCCUGGCUGGUUGGGCGAGCAUCUUCUAUAUAUCCGGUGGCUUUGGCUGCCUUUGGGUGGCGGCCUAUUGGCUGCGUGGCUCCAGUUCGCCGGCGCAGUCGAAAUAUAUCUCCGAGGAGGAACAUCAAUUGAUUCAGCUAGCGCAGGCCAGGGAAGUGGAAACCAAAUUGGAGCAGCCCAAGGAGAGCUUAUCCCCGCCCUGGCUGAGUUUCUUUACGUCGCCCGCCUUUCUGUCGCUCACGGCCACACAUUGCGCCUCCACUUGGGGCUUUUGGACGCUGUUGACACAGAUUCCCAACUACAUGAAGAAUGUCCUGGGCAAGGACAUAAAGUCGAAUGCGCUGCUCUCCUCGCUGCCCUACACUGUGAUGCUGCUGCUCAGCUGGUUCUUUGUGUGGCUCUCCAAGAUACUGCAGAAGAGUUCCAUUUCCCUCAGCUCCAGUCGCAAGUUCUUCAAUUCCAUUGGACAAUUUUUGCCGAUGUGCCUGCUGGUCGCAUUGGGCUAUGUGCAACAGCAGCAGGACACACUGGCCGUCAUCCUGCUCUGCCUGACCGUGGGCCUCAACUCUGGCUGCCAGCUGGGCUUUGUCAUUAAUCACAUCGAUCUCUCUCCCAAUUUCGCCGGAGUUCUGAUGGGCAUCAGCAAUGGGAUUGCGAAUAUCAUGAGCAUAGCGGGUCCACUUUUAGUUGGUGUUGUUGUUACCAAUGAGCAAGAUGCCAGUCAAUGGCGCAUUGUUUUCUUUGUCACAGCUGCCUUCUAUUUGGUUGGCAAUGGGCUCUUCCUGAUCUUUGGCAGUGCCUCGAUUCAGCCAUGGAAUGAUCCAACAGCUAAGAAGCAGCGCAGCUCCAUGCCCCAAGUGGGGGCACAGCGAGAAACAGCAGAUAGUUAGGCUUAAGCUUAAGUAGUUUGAUAAGUGUGCGUUAUUCACUAUAAUUAUUAAGC